CUUCGUAGAGGGAUGAUCUCACGUUUACUUCAUCCUCCCAACAGUCAACGUCCCAGGACGGGAGCGAGGUCAACACUUAGUAGAAGAUAUUUGAUUUGGGGGAAGAAAACUUGCUUGGAAUAGUACUUUGUCGAGGUAGCAGAGUCCAAGAUAAGACCGUCCAUAAUGAUUGUCAAGGCGUUGCUACUGGUUGGAGCUAUCUGUGCGCUUCAAUCGAUGGGGAGCCAAGCCCACCCCAAGGAUAUCCCUCUUCAUCAUAGAAUGACAAAACAGGAAAUCCAGCAGCAUUUUGGAGUGGAUUCCCGAUCGGAAGUUCCAGAAUACGMUGUCGUUCAUCCAUUCCUGGCAGACCAUACUGGAGAGUUUUUGAGUAACGACCUAAGCCAAAAGACAAGACAAAGGCGUAGUCUAGGAAAAGACAGCGAGUUAUUCUACAAAAUGGACGCACUUGGUAAAAACAUCCAUGUAAGAGUGUCCAAAAGCGAUGACAUUCUGACACCCGAGGCAAAAGUCAAAAUUAUUGAAGCGGACGGAAAGAUCAAAGUUCGAGAACCAUUGCGUAUCAAUUAUUAUCAAGGUCACGUGGUUUCUGAUCCUAAUUCUGUGGUUGCCAUUAGCAACGACGAUAGUGGACUGACUGGAAUGAUUCAAAGCAAGGACGAUUCUUUGUUCAUAAAACCUCUGUCCUCRCAUCUUGCAAAGCAUUAUAAUAAGAAAGAUGGAGCCAUUUCUCAUAUUGUCUACAGAAGAUCAACAAUUGACAACAGCAACUGCUUGCAGUUACAAGGGCAACGAGAGAAGAGGAGUGCAUCCAUACGGUCUAGUGAUGAGCCAGACGCUAGAGACGCUGAUUCUACUACCAAGUAUCUCGAGACACAUACAAUUGCUGAUCAGUACUACUCGCAAGCCCACGGGGACAACACGGAAAGAGAUAUGUUGAUAGUAGCACACGUGACACGAUUAUUUUUGACCCAUCCAAGUAUUGGAAACAUUAAGUUGCAUUUGGUCGUCAUUGGCAUAACCAUCAAACAAACGUUUGCCUACACUAAAAGUGCCACAAGAAUACAACGGAUGGAUGGACUGGGUAAAUACUUGGACACCGGUGUUUUUCCAAAAGAAGAUAGUGACCCAGCACAUCCUGAUUUAGCGCUGCUGAUGACCAGAGUAAUUGCAAAAGUCUUUUCUGUGCUAGUGGCAACUCACUCCAAUGUGUCAGUAAAGCAGCUCCGCCGAUGGAUGGCACAAGAUGUGGUGUUAGAAAUUGGUGCAUCAAGGGUGUCUGUGAAGACGACGGUUCUCCUUUGGUAAAUGGUGGAUGGUCUAAAUGGGGUGUCUGGUCUGCAUGUUCGUAUUCAUGUGGAGGAGGAGUGCAGUAUAGAGCACGAACGUGCACAAAUCCGGCGCCAAAGAAUGGAGGAGCCAAUUGUCAUGGAAAUAGUAAAGGCUUGUGGAGAAGUUGUAAUCCUGAGCCGUGUCCAGAUGGCGCAAAGAAUUUCCGUGAAGCUCAAUGUCUAGCUUUUAGUCCUAGAUUUACACCAUACUAUAUUGCAGCAAAACCGUGUCAGUUGUAUUGUUUAGAAGGCUCAAUGAAUCACGACAAAGGACAAGCGAAAGACGGCUCACGCUGUUCUGGUGACAAGUUCGUCAAAGAUGUCUGCAUCGAAAACAAAUGCAGGAAAGUGGGAUGUGAUGAUGUACUCGAAUCUGGAAAGUACAUUGAUAGAUGUGGAGUAUGUAAUGGAGACAGUUCAUCGUGCGGGUUAAUCAGUGGCACAUAUAGUACACGAUGCGGUUGGGGUGUAGAUAAGGCAUGCCUGAUGCUCACCAUCCCAGUAGGAUCAACACAAGUGUACGUGAACCAAACCAAUAAGGACUGGGAUGUUUUAGGCGUAAAGGGUGAAAAUGAUCAAUGGCUCUGGAAUAUGCCGUCCUGGAGUACUGUCGUAGAAGCUGCAGGGACGAAAGUGCAUUAUAAACACGAAGAAAACGUAUACAAGGACAGUAUCUUCAUUCCCGGUCCAACAAAUGCUGUAUUACGUGUAUACCAUGUUUACAUCUCAGGGAAUAAACCAAUCACCUACAAGUACUUCUCAAACUCCGUAAAGACCGUAGUAACUGGUUCUGAUUUUGAAUGGGUAGUUUCACCUUGGAGUGCGUGCUCAAAAACGUGUGCAAAGGGAAAGCAAACUCGAUCUGUGAUAUGCCAGAGAAAAGACGACAAAUCGAUGGGCAGAGAAAGCCUUUGCAGCCAAAAUGGCCCGAAACCAGCCAUGGCACAAGCUUGCAAAACACAGCCAUGCCCUGCUCAAUGGUAUGAAUCACCAUGGGGACCAUGCACAAGCUCCUGUGGAAAAGGGGUUCAGCAUCGUCAGAUCGCAUGCAGAAACCUUGUAGCAGAAGGUCAAUAUGAAGUAGUGUCAGAUUCUUCCUGUACCGGCAGCAAGCCAGCUGGAGCCACAAGUCAAAUCUGCAAUAAAAUCAGCUGUCCACCAAUGUGGCUUCCUGGUGUUUGGUCAUCGUGCUCAGUGUCUUGUGGUGGAGGAAUCAGGACAAGAUCUGUUUCCUGUAGGUUUAAAGAUGAAGAUUCCUUGAUAAAACCUAUGUUGGACAUGUAUUGUACUGGUUUGCCUAAGCCAGCUUUACAAGAGGCUUGCAACGAAGAUCCGUGCAAUGCUGGAGGCUCUGUCCCGCACACAUAUAAGCCAAUUGGAUGCUUCAAAGACAAUGGGAAAAGUGGUGCAAGACCUUUCCCUGUUCUAACGAACUUGAGGGGUCAGAUCGACUGGUAUAACCUGCAGAAAACUGUAGAUGCUUGUGCCAAGUUAGCCAAUGUAAAUGAUCAAGUGUUUGGUAUUGAAUACUAUGGAGAGUGCUGGUAUGGUCCUGGCAGUAUAUCAACGUACAAUAGAGAUGGAAAAGCCGAUCCUAGUAGAUGCGUUGCUGGUGUUGGGAUGGAAAAUGCUCUUCAAGUUUACAAGUUUAACURACGUCUUCUAUAGAAUGGAUCACUUCAAUCAAGCUACAGCCUCAAAGGAUCAAUACAAUUCAUUAGGCUGCUGCAAUGGCUUUUUUACUAUGAUAUACAUAUAUAUUGGUCUAUAAAUGUAUUUUCCUUGACAGUAAAGGGUGUAACAAAGACUGCUACUGCGGUUUGAUAAGACAGCAUUGUCAGAAUAAAUUUAAAACUCAUGAAUAAUAAAGACUGAUCUGAAUGGCUUAAAAAUAA